AUGGGAAUUUUUUUCGAUAUUCCAGCAUUAAAGUCCCAGUUAAGUGUUGUUUAUGAAACAAUUGAAAUUAGUGAUAUAGAGACGCCCAUCAAUGGGUUAAAUUUUCUUAUAACAACUGGUUUAAAUAAGUCCCUUUGUGAAGUCGUCAAGUUGUGUGAAUUAAGUACUAAUGGUUCGUACAACCAUCCUAGCCACAAAAUAUUUUCUUCCACUGAAACCAAAUUUAGUGGACACAAUGGAUGUAACGAUUGGAAGCACAUUCAAGAAUAUAUUUUGAAUCACGAAAAUAGCAUGGAACACAGACCAACCAUAAUACAAUACAAAGCUAAGAAGACUAGAUUGGGCGAGAGGAUGGUUAGCAUGAAUUCAACAUUAGUGGAAACGGUCAGCAUUAAUUACGAAGAUUUUAAUGAAAGUUUUCUGACUUGCGGAACUUGUCUAUGCAUGUACGAUGGCCAAGAACACACUCCAAAGUUACUCCAAUGCUCACAUACUGUCUGCUUGCACUGCCUAACUCGAAUAGCCGCCUCUCAGACUAGAGACACCGGAACGUUUCGAUGUCCAAUAUGCAGAGAACUCAUACACAUACCUCGCGGAGGGGUAUCCGCCCUUCCGCCGUCUUUCCUUGUCAACCAACUCCUGGAUUUGAUGUCCAGGCAAAGGAGAGAAGUUAUACCCAAGUGUUCUGUUCAUAUAAAUCAGGAAUUGUUGUUUUGUGAGACCUGUGAUACCGUUUUUUGUACGCUGUGCACGGGGGGUUCCCAUAAUGAUACUGCCUCCAGUUGUGAACAUACCAUAAUACCGUUUUCUAUAGCUAUUAAAAGGAUGUCGGAGAUUUUGUUGUACAAGGCAAAUGAGUGUAUAUCUAAGUUAUCACAAGCUCAAGAAGGCGUCAGUGCUGAACUAGGACAAUUAGAUUCGGCCAGAGAGGCAUGUUUAGAAAAAAUAAAUGAGACAUUCCAACAAAUUCAAACUUUAAUGGACCAAAGAAAACAGGAAAUUGUAGACACCGUCAACGCUAUAUGUACAGAGAAAAAACGAGUAUUGGAAGAGCAACAUACACUUAUUGAAAAUGAGAAAAAUAAGGUUGAACAAGAAUGUCAAGGACUUCAAUACCAAGUAGAAGUACGAAACAUAACACAACGAAUAGAAAUUUUAUCGGAAAAACUAGAUUCCACCAUAGCUCUUAGCGAACCACGUGAGAACGCUUUUCUUACUGUCAGCUUCGAUUUAAACGACAGUUUAGAACAAAUCCAACAACAUUUGAGCGUGCUAGGUAAAGUUAGAACCAGUACUACUUUCCCUAAACUGUGCACUGCGAAAUUGGAUGGCAAUACAAUAGCGGGAAUCGAAAAUUUUGUCACACUUACCACAGUGGAUUAUCAUGGCAAUGAAAGAAAGAAUGGUGGAGAUCCUGUAGAAGCAGAACUGCUCAUGGCUACAGCUGAAGAAAGUAUAAAUCCUCCUGAAUACGGAGAAAACUACCCAGUGAGAAUUGAAGACUGUAAUGAUGGUACUUACAAACUGUAUUUUCGAACGGUGAAAUCCGGUAGAUAUGGAAUAAAAAUCUCUGUGAUAAACCGCCCCAUUAAAGACAACCCUCUAUAUUUUGACGUCAGUGACCAUAAUAAUCCUAUUGCCGUGUAUGGAUCAAGAGGCAGUGGAAAAGACGAGUUUAUGCAACCAGUUGCCGUUGCCAUUGAUGAGAAAGACCAGACUGUGUACGUUUUAGAUACAGGCAAUUCUAGAAUUAUAGUUUUAAGUGAAAAAUUAGAGUGCAUUAAGCAUGUAACCAACGAGGGUUUGCUAGGAAGAAGUGCUACUGGUAUUGCUAUAAUGAAUGAUGGUCUGAUAGUUAUUAAUUGGAGAACAAAAUAUAUAACUGAGAUGAGUACCGAUGGGGAAACUAAAAAAACUUUUACUUAUAACGCUUUUCAGGAGCCUAUCGAUAUAGCAGUGGAUCAAAAUUAUGGCCAUAUUUUAAUAGCCGAUAAUGGAAUGAACUGUGUAUUUGUUUUUGAUGCUGAAGGAAAAAUUUUAUUCCAAGUAGGAAAAAAAGGCACUUUUAACCUGAUAUCUUCAGUUGCUGUGGGACCUUUAGGAGAAAUUAUUGUUGCUGAUUCUAGGGUUCAAAUGUUCUCUGCUAAAGGAGAUUUUAUGGAAGUUAUUUAUGAUGAAGGAAAAGGUAAAGGAAGAUAUGGAGGAAUAGCCAUAGACUCUGAAAACAAAGUUCUAUUGACAAGGACAGAACAAAAAGGUCGUACUUAUAUCCAACUGCUAUCUUUAACGGACAACUCUAUUAAUCAAUACAUAGAUUCCCAUGAUGCAAAACUUAAAAGACCUAGUGGAGUUGCUGUCGCUAAUGAUAAUCAUAUUAUUGUUGUAGAUUUGGGAAAUAGUUGCAUAAAGAAAUAUAGAUACUGGUAG